CACUGGUUCGAUGGCAUGGCUCUGCUGCACCAGUUCAAACUAUCCAACGGACAGGUGACGUACAAAAGCCGCUUCCUGUCCAGUGACAGUUACAAAGCCAACAAGGAGCAUAACCGCAUCGCAGUGUCGGAGUUUGGCACCAUCACCAUGCCGGACCCCUGUAAGAACUUCUUCCAGCGCUUCCUGUCAAGAUUCGAACUCCCAGACGCCACAGAUAACGCCAACGUGAGCUUUGUGACCUACAAAGGCGAUUACUACGUCAGCACGGAAACCAAUAACAUGCACAAGGUGGACCCUGAGACACUGGAGACGACUGAAAAGGUGGACUGGAGCAAAUUCAUCGCUGUGAACGGAGCGACCGCACACCCUCACACCGAGCCCGAUGGAACAACUUACAACAUGGGGAAUUCAUACACCCGCAAAGGAGCGAGCUACAACAUCAUCCGAGUGCCGCCGACCAAAAAAACAGCUGGGGAGACCCUGGAGGGAGCCACAGUGCUGUGCACUAUUCCCUCAGUGGACAAGAGUAAACCAUCCUACUACCACAGCUUUGCGAUGUCUGAGAACUACGUGGUGUUCAUCGAGCAGCCCAUCAAGAUGGACCUGCUGAAGAUAGUGACCAGUAAGCUGACAGGGAAAAGCAUCAGUCACAGCUUUUCCUGGGACCCCAAACUCAACACCAUCUUCCACCUGAUUCACAAGCAGACAGGAGAGUUAAGCUCCAUCAAGUAUAUCGCCAAGCCGCUGUCGACCUUCCACCAGAUCAACGCAUACGAGGAGGACGGCUUCCUGAUCUUAGAUAUGUGUGCUUCAGACGACGGCCAGGCAAUCGCCAACUACAACAUCCAAAACCUGCGAAAGUCUGGAGAAGAUCUCGAUGAGGUGUAUAACACCUUGUGUAGAGUCUUCCCACGGCGUUUCGUUCUGCCUCUCAACGUGGACGUGGACACACCCUACAACCAGAACCUGAACCGGCCCAGCAGCACAGCCACUGCUGUGAGAAUUGACAAGACCAAGGUCUUCUGUACCCACGAGGACCUCCACGGAGAGGAUCUUCAUCAAUAUGGAGGCUUGGAGUUCCCUCAGAUCAACUAUGCCAAAUACAACACCCACCCCUACCGCUACUUCUACGGCUGUGGCUUCAGACAUCUCGUAGGAGACACACUGAUCAAGAUGGACCUCCAGGAGAAACACAUGAAGGUGUGGGAACAACCUGGUCUUUAUCCAUCUGAACCAGUCUUCAUACCCUCCCCUAACGCCACAGAGGAGGAUGAUGGUGUCAUCAUGUCUGUGGUCAUCACACCCAAUAAGGACCAGAGCACGUUCCUCCUAGUUUUAGAUGCCAAAACGUUUGAGGAGCUGGGCAGGGCUGCAGUGCCGGUCAACAUACCCUACGGCUUCCACGGGACAUUCAACGCCACGACAUAG